AUGACAGUGCGAGCGUUGCGGCUGGUACGAAGGCUGAGCUUCUUGCGCGGAUCGACGCUUGCAGACUAUGCCCAGCCCGUGCCCAACCCAAACGACCAGAUCGUCGUUUCGAUGUCAUCCGGCGUCGAUUCCUCGGUAGCUGCACUGAUGUAUGCCAAACAGUACAAGAACGUCAAGGGCAUCUUUAUGGCGAACUGGUCGCCCGAUUCCAGGGGCGGCGUGUCGAAGUGCACCGUUGAAAGCGACUGGGAGGAAGUACAGACGAUCUGCGACCAGAUCGGGAUCCCCUGCGAGCGCGUGAAUUUCGAAAAAGAGUACUGGUCAGACGUCUUUGAGCCCAUGCUAGAGAUGUAUCGCAAGGGCCUGACGCCGAAUCCGGACGUGGGGUGCAACAAGUACGUCAAGUUCGGCAAGAUGAUUGAGCAUCUGUCCACCAAAUUUUCACGGGAUAACUGGUGGCUGGUGACCGGGCACUAUGCGCGAAUCAUGAAACACAGAGCGACGGGCGAGUCGCAUCUUUUGAGAGCUGGUUUUCUGCCGAAAGAUCAGUCGUACUAUCUCAGCCAGAUGCCUGAAUCCGUGCUCAGCAAAAUUUUGAUGCCUAUUGGCCACUAUACCAAGCCAGAAGUCAGAGAGCUGGCGCAGCGGUACGGUCUGGUCUCCAAGGACAAGCGCGACUCGCAAGGGCUGUGUUUUGUCUCGCAGCACGGCAACUUCAAAGACUUUCUCGAUGAGUUCCUGCCACCAAAUCCUGGGGACAUCGUCACCGCAGACGGCCGUGUCUGGGGCAGACAUAACGGGCUCUGGCACGGCACCAUCGGCCAGCGGUCUGGGAUCUCGCUGCCCCAGGGCGAUCCGGAGAUGAAGGGUGUGUGGUAUAUUUCGGGCAAAAAUUACGACAAGAACCAGCUGAUCAUCUCCAAGAAGACCGACCGCGCGGCUUUCGAAAAAGACCGGCUCAAAGUGGCCGACUGGCAGUGGAUAAACUCAUCACUCGAUUUCGGAGAUUUAGAUCCAGCAGAAUUGACCAUUCAAGUCCGGUCGCUGGAGUCGCCGCGUGCACUCAGGGCGGUGGUGGCCGGCAACGAACCAGAGUUCCUGCUACAGGAAAAAAUCGACGGCGUGGCACCAGGCCAGAACCUGGUCUUGUAUAAAAACGAGCGCGUUCUCGGCGGCGGCAUCAUCGCCGAGGCCAACUAA